UCCAGGACCUGUGACGGUGGAGUGUCCAGGCAGCUGCGGACCUGCGCUAACCCUGCCGGUUGCAGAGGAGAACCCGUGCGGUAUAAGAUCUGCAAUAUGCAGCCGUGCCGGGCCAACUCAACUCUGCUAGAAGAGGACGUAUGGCGCGAGCAACAGUGCGCCGCCCACGACUCUACUCCCUAUGGGGGUGAGCUGUUCCACUGGAGAGCCCAUAGGGACGAUGACGAGCCCUGUGCUCUCACUUGUCGGGGCACCCCUCAGCAUGUGGGGCAGAGGCCUGAGCCGACUGCAUCAUUAGAUGACGAGGAUCGCGUGGUGGUGGCAGUGUUGGCUGCUCGUGUGUCUGACGGCACCAGGUGUCGCCCAGGGAGCCUGGACAUGUGCAUCGAUGGACGCUGCCAGAGAGUGGGCUGCGACCUCCGAGUGGGCUCGAGCAGGCGUGUGGACGAGUGUGGGGUGUGCGGCGGCGACGGGUCAUCCUGCUCGCGACCGCGGUACCACUGGCUGGCCGCGCCUGGCUCGCUGUGCUCAGCCACCUGUGGGGGAGGUUACAAGAUGUCGCUAGCGGUGUGCAGGGACCGGCUGACAGGCUCUGACGCUCCGGAGGAGCUGUGUGACGCUUCCAGCAAACCCCAGUCUUCAGUCGUGAGGUGCAACGUACAUCCUUGUCCUUUCAAAUGGUACGUAGGCGAAUGGUCAGUAUGCAGUGUCACAUGUGGUGGUGGGGUUCGAAGUCGGCGCGUGCUGUGCGCACGAUCAGCUAACGUUACCAACGCUGACACCUACGAGCCUGGGGCUAGUGACCCCGGCUGCGUGUCUCCAGCGCCCCGAGCCACGCAACCUUGCAACGCGCACCACUGCCCCACUUGGCUCGCUGGUCCCUGGUCAGGGUGCUCAGUGUCCUGCGGCGAAGGGGUGCAGGUGCGAGGCGUGGAGUGCACCCCAGCUGGUGGAGGCUGCGAUCCUGCCACCAGACCAGAGAUCACCAGGGCUUGCUCCACUGGCAUCAGCUGUCCCGCUUACAGGGAGGCUGAUGAUACUGAGGAUGACAUAGAAGACCUACUCCCAGGCGUGGUAUACCACACCCAGCCGCUGAUUCAGCCAUACCCCCCUCCACAAGCACGUGCGGAGCGGCUGGUGGGAGAACCGGACUUACCAGUGGAAGCCACCUACAUCAAAGAUGACGAUUGGAGCCCCUGCAGCGUUACUUGUGGCGAAGGUUGGAGAAAAAAAGAAGUCAACUGCAAAAUCUUCUUAGAAUUCAGCAGGACAAUUGCGAAGCUUCCAGAUAGCAAGUGUUUAGGUCCUAAACCUGCUGAAGAGACUGAAAGAUGUGUCAUGGAACCUUGCUCUAUGGCUUAUGGGACAUCGUUUGGAGAUUCUAGCAACGUGCCUUCGUAUACUGGAGGAGAUAGGUCAUUAACCUUCGGCACCUCAAGCAACAUCAGGGUCGCACCAGGCUCGCCAGGCAAGUCUUACUCCUGGAAAGAGAAGGGGUAUACCAGCUGCAGCGCUUCUUGUCUUAGCGGUGUACAGGAGCUGAUAAUCCAAUGCGUGAGAGACGAGGACGGCAAGAACGCAUCUCCUUACAUGUGCGAUCCACUGACGAAGCCUGAGAACCGAGUGAGGACCUGCAACGACCACCCGUGUCCACCCCGGUGGAACUACACAGAGUUUUCACAGUGCACGAAAUCUUGCGGCAUCGGAAUCCAGACGCGGGAAGUAACCUGCAUUCAUGAGGUAACAAGAGGCGGUACGAACACGGUGGUGGUCCCAAACAGCAUGUGCCCCCAGCCACCUCCCCCGGACAGACAGUACUGCAACGUGCUGGAUUGCCCCGUCCGCUGGCACUCCGGGGAAUGGUCUAAGUGCUCCAAGACAUGUGGUGGAGGAGUCAAGACUAGAGAGGUGGAAUGCAAGCAAGUGAUGGCUCAAUCCCACGUGGUGGAGCGACCAGCCUCGCUAUGCGGCUCCCCUCGUCCUGUCGCCACCAAACCGUGCAACUCUCGACCUUGUCUCCUUGACACCUCUUCGCCAGAAAUAUCGCUCGCUAACUCUUCUUAUAUUCAGCAUGAUCCGAAGAAAAAGAAGGUAACAGUGAAGGUCGGUGGAUCAGCGACGAUAUUUUACGGAACACAGGUGAAGAUAAAGUGUCCCGUGAAGGGAUACAACCGUACCAAGAUCCAGUGGGCGAAGGAUCACCAGAUCAUCACCAAAUCGAAGAAGUAUAAGAUUUCUAAGAAGGGCGCUCUCCGGAUCACCUCUCUAUCUCUCCGCGACCACGGCGUGUACACUUGCGUGGCUGGCAGGUCCAGCGCCAACCUCACGCUGCUGGUGAAGCCUCGCCCCGGGGAGUUUCCUUCCAGCGAGGAGAUCGAGCGCCACAAACCGCUGGGGGACCCGUCGAGUCCACUUGCAGAUAGCAGGGCGGACGGGCGCUAUCGGCCUGUGAUUGGCGCUCCGCCCUCCGACGACCAGUCGCACGAGCAGCGCCCGGGGGACUCCAGGAAGAGCUAUAAGAGUCGCCAGAGGGGGAAGAACCCAGAGAAGGCUCGGGACCAUCACGGCAUCACGACGAGCACUAAAGCCUCUCCGAGCUACAACUCUCAGGCCAGAGAUUUAGCUUAUGACGAGAAUGAGGACACCGCCGUCUCUUCCAAGAUGCUUCCACCUAAGUCCAACAGCGCCUCCCGUCUGAUGCCCUGCCUCCAUUACCUAGUAUUGCAAGUCCAGUCUUUUUGGAAUUUUCAGACCACUGGGAACUCUAGAGGCCAAAGGAUGGUUGACCCAAUAAUCAUGUAUCAAAACUACGGAACGAAUACAAGAACAAAAGUUAUAAAUUUAGAAGACAAGCAAAUUGUGUUCCCAGAAGAUGAUGAUUCGGAUAUAAUUAUAGUGAAUGAAGAUUAUAAUAAGAACACUAUUGAAGAUGGAACUGUGGAACGUUUAAAAGAAGACUAUGGCGAUACUGAUGAGUCUACGGAAAUCAGCUUGGUAGUAGCAUCAGACGCGAUCGAAUACGAGUGGAAGACCACAGACUGGUCGCCGUGCAGCGCGCUCUGUGGACAAGUGGGGCAUCAGGUCAGAGGAGCUGUUUGUCAGCACAAGAAGAACAACAAGACGACGACAGUGGAGACAGAGGAGUGUCUUACAAGAGGCGCGGCUCCACCGAACGUGUUGAGGGAGUGCUUCGGUCGCAGCUGCGCGAGCUGGCGCGCUGGUGGUUGGUCACCAGUCAGGUGUCUUGCUAGUGGUGCUGCAGUGACCCGUCGCCGCGUGGACUGCGUCAGCGCAAAUGGGACCGUCCUUCUCGACUCCUCCUGUGACUACAGUACCAAGCCUGAGAAGACCAAGCGAGAGCCCCGACCAUGCAAACCUGCCUGGGCCGUCGGCCCUUGGAGUAAGUGCAUAGGUCCGUGCGGCAGCGGCGGGCGCCAACACCGCGUGCUGCGUUGCGUGUGGCGCGGAGCCGCGGGCGCGGGCCGGCGGCGGCGGCGCGAGCGCAGCGCGGGCGCGGCCUGCGAGGGGCUGCGGCGCCCGCCCGUCGCGCGCGGCUGCACAGCCACUGGCUGUGUUGGUAAAGAUGGCAUCUGCAAAGACGCCUCACGAUUCUGCGACAACGUUCGUGCAAUGAACAUGUGCGCACUAAAACGGUACAAGGAACAAUGCUGCAAGACCUGUGCCGACUGAAUUCGAAAAUAAUAAAGUAAAAAGCCAAUAAAAACUCCCCGGUGUAAAGUUUAAAAAGUUUAAAGAAAACGGAAUAGUGAAUUCAAGAAGUGGAACGCGAAUUUGAAAUUUAAAAACUGGUAAGUUUGAAUUGUGACUUUAAAUAAAAUAAUAUUUUUAAAUGUGGAUGUGUUGCGAGUGACGUUACGGAAUUGAAUUUAGAAUUUAGCCGUUGGCGGUACUGUUGAGUGAAAAAGUUUUCAAGUUAAAAUAUUUAAUUAUGGAAAAGAUCUGAAAUGUCACUAGUAGAUAGAUAGUAGCUUUAUUUUUUGUUUUUUAACAAAAGUAGUACAUAAUAUGCAAUUAUCUGCAAAGUUUAACCAAUUGUGUAAGUGUUAAGGAGAAAGAGGUUGAUAUAAAGACAACCUAUAAUUGUUACUUAAAAAUGUAUGAUACGAAUAGAGGAAAUGUAUUGUGUUGUUAGAUACCUACAAUCCCACAUUAUGAUCACUGAAUGAGGUAUUUUUUAAAGAAUGAAAUGUAAAAGCGUGUACACUAUUUCGAAUAAUAACAUAACAUUGAUCCUUCUGCUUUGAAAAAUAUUGACGGGAGUUUUAAUCAAAAUUCGAAUAGCGUUUAUCUUGUCUAAUUUGGGUCCGCCUACGUUGACUAGGUAGAUAUAGGUAUAGAAUAUUUAUGUUACUAUUCCAGGAAUCUGAGUCAUAAAUGGUCGAUAAUAAAAAUAAAAUGUGAUAAAAUGAUUCAAAUCCUCACAUUUUUUGUCCAGUCUUCAAACUGCACAAACAAAAUAAUAAGUAAUUUUUAUUCAGGAUGAAAAAUCUAAGUAUGCCAUUAAUAUAAUCGUUGUGAACUUAUUCAACAUGCGAACAACAGUGUAACAUGUAACAUACCCUGCAACGUGCAACAUAACAUAUUUAUUCGAAAGUGAGUACAUCUUUGAUAUUUCAUUAUCAAUAGGCGUGAAGCGCGAAUUAUUAUGGAAGUAUAUGUGUGAAAAGAAGGCAUAAUAGUGUAUUUUGAGCACAAAAUGAUCUAUAAACUAUAGUUCUAGUCGUGACAAGCACUGUUCGUAAAAAGGUAUACUUAAUAAGCCAUGAACUUAUUUUUUAAAAAGACCUAUAGUGAUUCUAUCAAUUUUGAUAUUUGGUCUUUCUAGCUCAAUUUAUUAGAAAUAUACAAUCUAUAUAAAUAUAAACAGAAGCUCAUGACUCUAUCCCAUUUGGGGUAGUCAGAGGUACAUCCAUCGCAAGAUGAAAUAAGUACUCACGCCUCACCGAGCUUUCUGUUAGACACACCUGAUAGGCGAUGAGCCGUAUCGCCGUCUAUACUGGUCGACUGUGUCAGUGAAAACUGCACUUAAAAUAAAUUAAUAACUCAUGGGUUUUGGUUGUAUUUUUCCUCAAUGCGUGAUUUAAAAACCGUUUAAAAAGUAAAAUAUUUGACUGAACUUGAAAUUCCGAAACGGUUUUACAGUAAGUAUAACAAAACAAAUACUUAAUUGCACAAACAAUACAAAAGAGAAAUAGAAAGAAUAAAAAUAACAGAGAAUAGAAUAAGAGUAAAUAUUUAAAACAAUUGAAUAAUUUUGUUAAUUUUAUUACAUCAUUUACACAAAUGAAAUGACUUGUACGAGAAUAGAACCUAUAACUUGAGAUUUAAAAGAAAUUAAAAGUCAGUGGGACAGUAACUAGACACUAACCUAAUUUGGAUAAAGACCUAGGUACUUUUUCUUCAAAAAAAGUCAUCCUUUAGCACCAUAAUCUGAGCUCUAUUAUUAGAAAUUAUGGCCCAUUUAUGUCAAGCCAGAUUUUAACUUAAUACUGCUUUGCGUUAUUCCUUAAAAAGUAAAAGAGUUUGUUGAUUAAAUACACAAAAUUGGUCAUGUUUUUCCUUUCGAGAUUAUGAAAAGUAAAAAAAUGUUCCCUUUUUUACCAGAUGGGGAAUGUAGCAUGUUCUAGCGUGCUAUUGUGCGUUGGUUCAUGAGUUUGCCUUUGGCUAAGUUAAACCUUCCAAUUUUGAUAUUUGACAUUUUAGCAUUAAAACGAAGAAAGGUUUAAGGUUCUAAAUUCAUUUCAUGUUGUACGCACUGGCAAAAACUAGUAAAUAAUUAAAAAUGUUGUUUUUAUUCAUUCCCGACCACGCGAUUUGAUUUCAUAUAAAAUCGUAACUCUAUAAAAAAGACAUAAGUAAACCACAAUCAGUCUGAAACAUCGUACCUACUAUAAAACAAAAAACAUUAAAAUGACUCCAUCAAUUUACUAAAACUUAGUAAUUUAGACCUUAAAUACUAAUGAGUUUAUGACAAAAAUCACGUUAACCUAGGAACGAAAAUAUUUAGAAAAAUGUUUUGUAUUAUAUUAAUAUUAAAAUAUAUUAUGUAAAUAUAUAUAAACACACUAUAUAGAGCACAGUAUAACUACGCUUAGCUCUCAAUAUAUCAAAUUGUAAAAUCUUUGGAAGUGCACAAAAAUAUAUUAAACGCAAUUUAUGUAUAGAAAAAUAUAAUUAAUUACUUGUAAGUAGUAAAUUUGCCAAAUGCUGCAACUGUAUUUGAAAAGUACAGUCCAUUGGAAUUACUGUUUAAUAUUGUUAAAACGUUCCACAUAGUAAAGGAGUAUCUACACUUCAGUUAUUUUUUUAAAACGUAACAUCUUCAUGUUGUGAAUAUACCAAUCUGCACUAAAGGUUUUGCCUCUUCCUUUUUAAUGCGAACAGCAAAAGACUAGAACUGUCUGUCGUUGACUCAUUUUCCAACUCGUUACCUUGCAGAAUUUGCUAGGAAAGCAUGAUUCACCCUAGACCACAUUGUCACUUACCUUCAGGUUAGAUUGUGGGCAAACGCGACCUUAUGCUAUAAAAAAAGCAUGACAUUGAUCGUGUUACCUACCUCUUGAUUUUUUUUUUGAUGAGUCCCGCCUGUUAAUACCAUGACAUAAACAAAAUUAAAAAAUGAUGCCUUCUCGAAAAAUAACUGUUGUGUACAUGCGCUUUAAGUUUUCUUUUUCAUAACUGUCAAAAAUUAGUAUUUGCUGAAAAAAAAGUUAAUGGAAUAUCUACAAAAUUGAAAUUUGUAUACUGACAUAAAAAAAAAUAUUAAUAAUUCUUAUGGAAUACUAAAAUGACGAAUUAUUUAAAAAUAAAACCAAAUCGUGGAUUUCAGUAUACAAACAUCAAUCCGGUAUGUUUAUUCCUAUGUAAUUCGUAAUUAUAAAUAUUAAAUGUUUUAUUUUAAUCGUGUAAAAUUAAAUACAAAACUAUUUUGUCAUAUCAGUCGCAUGUUUUAUUUUAAAACGCUUUAGUUUAAAAUAAUUAGGAAAAUAUCAGUGAAAUAUAUAAAUAAAAAAUCUAUAAGUGACGUUGAAGAACCUUUAAAGACGUUUAAUCUUAAAUUGAGUUAUACACGAUUAAAACAUAACCUUCUUAGCUCUAUUGAAUCAUAUAUAUAAACAUCAUUUCUAAAAUAUUCGAAGCAAUACAUAUUCGCUUAAAAACUUGUACAUAUAAUAAUGCUAUAGCAACGUUUGUUACUAUAUACUUACCUGUUCGUGGAAUAGGAAUAGAUAUAUAUUAUGGUUAUUCCCUUUAUGCAUGAUACCUAUGCAUGAAAAAUGAAAAAGUCAUUAAGGAAGUAAAGGCAGUAAGUAAAAUAAUUCACUAGUGUUGGGAAUGACUCGCAAAUUCCUCCUAGCCUACUUUAUAAAUCGAAAAGGUAAUAAAAUAAAAAUAAUUUACUUACUACUUAAAUGCAUGAUCUUAAAAAUACUUGCCCUAAAACAUAGAAUAUAGUAUUUUAUGCAACAGUUGUAUAAGAAGGGUCAAAAAAUGCGAGUGGCGUGAGUUGCGAUGUGAGCCUUGGCGAACAUCGCAAUAAGAGACGCCACGAGCAUUUUUUGACCUAGUUAUACAACGUUGCAUACAAUACUUUUUCUACGACGACGUCAUUUUUCCUUUUUAUUUUAUACUUUUUAGUGUUUUGAAACGAAACACAAAUAUUUUCCAAUUUAUUUUCCAACGCGCGGGAAAAUGGCGGCAAAUGUAUACUUUUUUUUUAUAGUAUAUCUAUGGCACCAAACAAAGUAAAGGUGCCAGUUUCCAGGUCAAAAAAAAAAAAAACAACAACAAUGCUUUUUUGGCGACAUUAUAGUACAGUUACACUUUGUAAACAAUGCUUUUAUAGGCCAUAGAGCGUACACUUUUUCAAAGAGUUUAAUUAUGUAUGUACUUAUAUUAGACUUUUUGGUUAUUUAAAUGCCAGAUUAAAGUAGAGGAGUAGAAAAAAUAAUUUAUUUAUUUAUAAUAACACUGUGUAUAGAACGGUGACUCUCUGCCCCGCACUAAUUCGUAUCGGGUGCUGACCUCAUCCCCUCUGGGUCUUAGUCUUAAAUAGCCGUAAACCACUGAGGAGUAAGGGAGAGAGCACGCGGGUUGUCUCGCUCACACUUAUGACGUAACUGUACCUUCUAUUGUUAACGCAUAACCGAAAAGUUCCGUGCGUAUGAAAAUUUUCUGGAAUGUAUUUUUAUAUCGUGCAUAGUGCUUGUCAAACAUAAAGGAAUUAACUAAAUAAUUAUAAUUAUAGAUAAAGUUAGGAACGAUACUUUUUAUUUUUUUUAUUAGAAAAAUUGUAUUCCUCAGUAUUAUGACUUUUGAAAUGUCAUUGUUUUUAUUUCGAUCAUUAUUUUUUAGGAAAUGGAUAUGUAUACUUAUUAAAAAAAAUGCAUGCAAUAUAAUGCAAAACUGUCAAUUUGAGAUUUUAAGCGCAUAUUAAUAUAACCUACUGCAACGUUUAUUAAAAAAAGUUUGUUUAGAUAAGUCAAUUGGUUUAGGUGCUAGGCCAAAAACUAUUAAUGUAUACAUAAAAAAAAGCCGACAGCCUCUAAAACUUAUAGUAAAACCCUUUAAAACUAUACGAAGUUAGACAAAACGAUUUGUUGUCAAUUGUUAGAUGCAUUAUAUUAUAUUAUAUUGUAUAUAUAUGACUAACAUGUAUAAUCCAUGUCGCAGCUAUAUACUAUUAUGCGCCAUAUAAUGAACAGCCUAGGUCGGUAAUCUAAUUACGCCAGUUAAUUGAAUUGACAUGUAUUCAAAUAAUUAAAUUUUAUUUUUAUUUAAUUGAUAUAAAAAUAUAAUUCAAUACAACAUAGACGAUUGAACGCUGGUGUUUAAUAAACCGCCUAGGUCAUUGAUAAAUUAAUAAUGCUAUGUAGCUGGGAUAUAUUUAUAUUGUGACUAAUAAAACUAUAUAUAUUUAGUGCGAAAAUUGUUCCAAACGUAAUUGCAUUAUAUAUUCUGCUAUAAUUAUACCCUCUUUGUAAUUAGUUCGAUUACCUAGAGAUUUACCGAGUAGUCGGAUAUCUAGUCGACAUGUUCACUAGUCGACUAAUCUGCAGAAACAUUUAGCUAUUCGAUUUGCAAAAUGUCAAAGGUAUGUCAAUAUUUACGAAUAUUCAGCAAGUCGAAUAGUCGGCUAGUCGACAAAAACCCUACUCGAUAUUUCUCUGAUUUUUACAAUUUAUUUUUAGCAUUAAAAUAAUGAUCCAUAUCAGUUAUAACUGCCAUACCUUUAAAGUUAAUGCCUUUUGUCUUCAACUGUACAAUGCUGGUAAAUUCGUAUGUCUUGUUCUUAAUUCAAUUUAAUACAAUACAGACAAUUUUAAAAUUAUCAUAAUGGAAUCGAAAUCAUCUGAACGCAUAACAGGGGUUGUAAAGGUUAAAAAGGCCACACAUCUUCUAUGUGGCGUUUUCAGCUGUCCAGAACGCGCCCUACUACCUGUUUCAUUUACCUUCAAGUAAAUUCUGCGGAUUCGAUACAAUUUAGUUUAAGGUUCUAAAUAAUAAUAAUCAUGUAAUUUCGAACUUAAGAAGUCUCUCAUUCAUCCAAUGCAGAUAAAAAAUAUGUUCACUACUAAACCUAUGAUUUGAAUUAACGAAAAUAUGUGUUUACGAUUUAAUUUGACACUCAACCUCAUUCAAUUAUUUAAUCUCAAUAAGAAGAACUUGAGCUUGUAACGCAGUUUUCCUGAUGUCUAGGACCAUUAAGUCAAUUAUUUAUUCAGAUGAUUCCAUUUUAGUUCUGUAUUCAAUGAACAUUCCUAAAAACUAAAAUAUUAUUUUAAAAUAAAGCGUCUGUAAAAUAUUUUUACUCGCUUACUUAUCUUCAUUUAACGAAACAAUUUAUGGUUUGUAAAGUUAUCAAGUGAAUCAAUUUUCUUCGCAACAGUACUUAAUGUUAUUUAUAAUUGAAUACUUAUUUUAAUUAAUUGAAUAUUUACUUUAAAUAAUUGAAUACCAACGCAUACCUCUAGAUUAACUCCAGUAUUGUUAUAGAACUAUUUUAAUUUAAGGCCCAGAGGAUUAAGUCCAAAAUUGUACAUUGUACCAAGAAUUUUCGAA